CAGCCCAGAGCGAGAGACGGGUACAUCGUCUCUGCUUCCCAGAUUUAGCCACCGACUUCACGGCAGGCAAACUUCACACUAAGGAUCGUUAGCUCAUUUCAGCCUGUCUGUGAUAAAUCCCCCAGCCGGAGAUCUGGCUGCAUCAGAGACCCCAGAACGAUGUACUGCUUCCCCAUCACCAUGAGGGCAUCUCUUGCUGCCUGCAUCCUCGCUGCUCUCCUGGCUCUUGGGGCCUGUCUGCAGUGUGAGGUUUGCGAUGGACCAGGAACUACCUGCUCGGGCGACCUACAGACCUGCCCCGCUGGGCUUGACUCUUGUGGCAUCCUUCUGUCAGAAAACACAGAGGCGGGAAUGAAGCAACAGAUCGUUACCAAGGGCUGUGCAACAUCCAGCAUUUGCAAAGCUGGCCCCCUCACUAUGAACUUCGGGAAUGGACUGGUAAUAAGGUCGGGCAUCACGUGUUGCAUGGGAGAUGCCUGCAGAACAACCACCGUUACAGUGCCCCCGGCUGCCACCAAACCCAACGGCCGGCGCUGCCCAGCCUGCGUCGCUAUGCUCUACGCUCAGUGCAAUGAAGAGACCAUACAGUGCACUGGAUCAGAUACCCGAUGCAUCGAGGUUGCCGGGACCGCAACAUUUGGUGGAUCUUCCACAUCGAUCACCAUGAAGGGCUGCGCUAGUGAGGCCACUUGUGCCCACUUUAAAGUGAUUUCAGGGACCAUCGCAGGAGUCAGUGCGGAUCUAUCUGUGGUCAAAUGCAAAGCACCUGGCUCAGCUCUGGGACCAGUCGGGCUCCUCGUCCCAUCCCUUGCUGGGAUCCUGCUGCUGAAGCUCCUCUUCUGA